CGUCACGAUAUAUCCGGAAGCUGCUGCACCGCGCGCGCGCUCACUGAGAUCCGAGCUGACGCUUCCUCUGAUGCUUCCUCUGCAGAAUUGGUCUGAUGGAGCAAAGGCACUCAGCGCAGCUCGGAACAAAAAUCAAACAUUGCGACCAGUGUACAUACAGCACGGAUCGUACUGGAAAUUUGACACAGCACCAGAGAACUCACACAGGAGAGAACCCCUUCAGGUGUAGUGUGUGUGGGAAGGAAUUUUCAGAUUCAUCGACUCUUAAAAAACACCAGAGAAUACACACAAGAGGGAAACCUUUCAAAUGCACUGUCUGUGAGAAGGCAUUUGCAUGGGCAGCAGGUCUUCAGAUCCACCAGAGAACACACACAGGAGAGAUACCCUUCAGGUGUGGUGUGUGUGGGAAGGAAUUUUCAAAUUCACCGACUCUUAAAAAACACCAGAGAACACACACAGGAGAGAAACCUUUCAAAUGCACUGUCUGUGAGAAGGCAUUUGCAUGGGCAGCAGGUCUUCAGAUCCACCAGAGAACACACACAGGAGAAAAACCCUUCAAGUGCAGUGUGUGUGAGAAGGCAUUUUCACAAUCAUCAACUCUUAAAAUACACCAAAGAAUGCACAAAGGAGAGAAACCAAACAAGUGCAGUGUGUGUGGGAAGGCAUUUUCAAGUUCAUUCUAUUUUAAAAUACACCAGAGAAUACACACAGGAGAUAACCCUUUCAAAUGCACUGUCUGUGAGAAGGCAUUUGCAUGGGCAUCGGUUCUUCAGCUACACCAGAGAACACACACAGGAGAGAAACCAAACAAGUGCAAUGUGUGUGGGAAGGCAUUUUCAAGUUCAUUUUCGUUUAAAAGACACCAGAGAAUACACACAGGAGAUAACCCUUUCAAAUGCACUGUCUGUGAGAAGGCAUUUGCAUGGGCAUCAGGUCUUCAGAUCCACCAGAGAACACACACAGGAGAGAAACCAAACAAGUGCAGUGUGUGUGGGAAGGCAUUUUCAAGUUCAUUUUCUUUUAAAAGACACCAGAGAAUACACACAGGAAAUAACACCUUCAAGUGCAGUGUGUGUGAGAAGGAAUUUUCACAGUCAUCGUAUCUUAAAAAACACCAGAGAACACACACAGGAGUGAAACCCUUCAAGUGCACUAUGUGCGGGAAGGCAUUUGCACAGUCAUCAGAUCUUCAUAGACACCAGAGAACACACACAGGAGAGAAACCCUUCAAGUGCACUCUGUGCGGGAAGGCAUUUGCACAGUUAUCAGAUCUUCAUAGACACCAGAGGACACACAUGCAUCAGAAGAUCCUCAAGGAGUGUAGUCUGAAAUCGACUUGUGAAAGUCAAAGUGCUGCAAUGAGCCCAUCCCUCCUGAAAAAAGAACCAGAAGUACAUUCCAGCUUGGACACUAUGAAAUGUAUCAAGGUGAAAUUUGAAGAGGUGACAAUGAAGCGUGAAGAAGUGAAGGUGAAAUGUGAAGAUGAAGAUUCAACUCCAAAAUCGGACCUUCACUUCGAUGGAGGCAACGUGAAGCAGGAGGAGAAUUCUGACUGUGAGGCAGAGCGAGGCAACUCCCAGCAGUUUGUGGAAGUGGAGGUAUGGGUGGACUUCUUAGACAAAACAAAGUCAAAUGGAGACCCGGUAGAUGUGUAAGCUUUAGACAAUGAAGCCCCAGUAGAUUCACCUUUGUCACAGGCCUUUAAUGAAAGAAUGUGAAGUUGAACAAUCAAUUCUUUGGUUCAACCUGCAGAGUAGAGAGGUCAGUAUUUGCGGACCUGUGGGUUGGGUAGAUCUAUAACCAGGAGCUAGAGCCAAUACGCUCCCAAGCAUUCAUAAUGUUACAAUAAUAUUAGCAUUCAUACGCUUUGGUUCUUUCGGUAAAGUCACGUAAGUAUAAAAUAAAUGAAAUCAUGACGUUUCGGGGCGCAACACAAGUGCCCAUCAUCAGGUGAAACAACCACAAACAAAAAACUUGCUGAAGUGGGCAAGGUUUGCAGAUCAUGACAUGCAAUAUCCGGGAGUCUACAAACUAAGUUGCUCCUAUGGUGAUUGUUACAUUGAUGAAACAAAACGGCAGGGAAUGGAUUCUUUGCUCUGCUACUCUCCCAUUCUCAUAUUUCGUUGCUGCCUCUUAGUAUCUUUCACACGACGGUCAAUGGUACAGUGUAUAAUAACAAAUAGUAUAACAUUUAUAUGCUUAAAACAAUGUACAAAGUAAUAUAUAGUAUCGUAAUUAUAUAGUGAAUAUAUAGCAGUGUGAAAUACAUUAGGGUGGGUAGAAUAAUACAUAGUGUAAUAUAACAAUGUAUAAGGUAUAGGGUGGUGUAUAGUAAUACAGUAUGUAAUUUAAUGUUGGGUUUGUCUAUGGCAGCAUAUAGUACGGGGCAGACCUGUUUGAUGUAAGGGAAACAAGUUUAGCUGGAAGCAUAUUAUAUUUUUUGCGACAUAGAAUUGUAAUGUAUUACUUACUGUUAGUAGCUCAGCUUAUUGGAGAGUAUAUUUAUUAUACUGAUGAUACUAUGAAGUUUAUACUUUAGUUUUUUACGUGGUUGUUUGGUUGCUGCAGCUGCAUACUAUUCACAUUCCUUCCCUUUGUUGGUGCUGCCCCUGCCCCCUCCCUUUGAUGCUGCUACUCCUGCAUAAUGCAUGGGCAUAAUAUGACUUUGAAAACCCCCCGCCCACCUCCCACGCAUUUCACAAUUAGCUCUAUUCGCAUUCCUGCAUUUCCCAUAAAUAUGCUAAAUUCCUCUUCAAAUGCAAAUUCUUUUGUCAAGGCUCUCUUCCUCCUCCCUCACAGCUUAAAUAGACACUCCAAGCCUAAGACCUGUCAUUUAGACUCUGUCUUAUCGACAGACAUGUUCUUCACCUGAGGACGGCUGCUUGCGUUGUGGCCGAAACGUCGUGAGAAUUAUUUUAUUAUGUUUUAUUUUUAUUAUUUUAUUACUUCCCUACUACGUGACUUUACCGAAAGAACCAAGAAGAUGAAUCCCUGCAGUCACGAAAGCUUUAAAUCGAAAACGGCAUGUGUUGGACCGUGUUCGCGAGCACAAGGCAGAUCUGAAACACGGCAAGACUAAUACCUCCGCCGUGGCUGACCAUUGCUAUAACGCUGUGGGCUCUCAUGAUAUUGUUUUUUUGAGACCAAGGGGCUCUGCAAACCUUCGGGCUACUAUCAAAGGUUUAUUCAUGAAGCCAUCCAGAUAUAUAAACAUAGACAUAACUUAAACCGAGAAGAUGGAUACAAAUUGAGCAAUCAUUGGAAGGAUGUUAUUAACCAGGUAAAACCUUAACUGCUUUAUAGUUUGCCUUCAUAUCCGCAUCUCCAGUUUAUUCAGCCUCCUACCCCCCAGCCCCUGCAUUUUGUCGCACUCGUGUCGGAGCUUGCACUCCCCCUACCCCACACCCCCACCCUCUCUAUCUCUCCUCCCUGGCUCCUCCCCCCUCUCUUACUUAUAUAUAGCCUCUUGUUACAAGCAGCCUCCUCUUGCCCACUUCAGCAAUUGUUUAUUGUUGUGGUUCCACCUGAUGACGGGCACUUGUGUUGCGCCCAAAACGUCGUGAUUUAAUUUAACUUGUUUUAUUUUAUACCUACGUGACUUUACCGAAAGAACCAAAGAGUAUGGAUCCCUGCAGUCACGAAAACUUGAAAUCUAAUAUUAGCAUUAUAAUGAUGCUUGCUUCAUCGCCUCAGCAGCUCGGAGUUUCGUAUCAUAUCUCAUCACAAACACUCAGAGCAUGUUGUGCAUAUGCCUUUUCCAAAAAAAUGUAUUAGGUGAUUCUGCCUUUUUUGUUAAUAAAUUUGAUCGGGAUUUAGUGCUGGGGCACGGAAAUUGUGAGUCCCCCCCCCUGCCUCCUACUUUGCCACGCAGACAGCUGGAGGAUAAUUACUUACAAGCCUGCUUGGGAAGUCAUAAAAUGUAAUUUUAAAAAUGGCAAACCCAAGGGAGGGCGGCUAACGAGAUUCUGCGGGUAAUCCCCAGUUGACUUCAAGACAAGGCUGCAAUAAAGGAAACAACCCAUAAUAAAGCAGACAUAAACAGCAGGGGUCACGAACCUUCCUUGGACUUUGAAAUCCACCCAAGGGCAGUUAAUGAGCUGACUGGAGUUUUUAUAAUACAAGAGUAAAGUUCGAAGCUUAGCUACAUCUUCAACCUCAGGAUAUCAAAAUAUAACUUGAUAAUAAGCACAUAUCCCUGGCGAUACAGACGGGGAACAAAGAUGAAUAAAACCCUCGGAAUAUCCUCAGAAACAACUACGGUGUAGCAUAUCUUGGUUAAAUAUGAACCAAAUAAUAAUUAUGAAAGUAUUAGAUCAAGGGUCAUUCAGAAGAGAUACAAUGCGAAAUAUGUCAAUCACACGCGACCAAGAUAAUAUGUAUUCCACGGGAUCAGAGCCUCGCCAACAACCUUCGUCUUCCAGUAGCUAACAGCACAUGGUAGCAGUAAAUGAUGUAUGCAGGGGGGCGUCUCCCCCUAAUAUAUCAAAUACCACGCAAUAAUUCCAAACUGCGACGUGAGUGCUGUGAACGCUGCAAAAAUAUAUACUUUUGAGUCGAUUGGAGUCAAAACUGCCGAAAGUGGUAUGGUACCAAGCAAUAAGAGUUGUAAAAAAAAAUUCCCAACCCGUGAUGAGAGGACGGAAAACAUGGCGACAGCAAGCACACCCGUGCACAAUAGGUCACGACUGCAAAGGCCACAGCGCCCCUUUUUGAGAGCGACUGCAAGUCUGAUGCGAAAAAAAUGUAACAAUUCCAACCCGUGAUGGGAGUGUGGGGAACACUGCCCAAAAUGUGAACAGAAACAUGGCGGUAAUAAAAACAUCUGGACAACAAACAGCCCAAGCGACUUGAAAAGGAAAACAGCUGCCCCUUUAUGAGAAGAAAGAGCCUGAGGUGGAAAAAUUCAGAUAUAAGCAAGAAUGCAAGAACAGAAAUCAGUACUGCUCAAAGAAUCGCCCAACUGACAAAUCCAAACCAUCAAGCACAUCACCGAUGAAUGCUCCAUCCAUGCAUAUCCUGGCGGUAUCGCUGAAAUCCACACUGCGUCAACCACAUCAUUGAACUGGAUGAGGAACCUUUGCAUUCAUUUACGGUGAUCAUUAAAAAUAAAAACUGUUGCUUUUCACAAUGCCAUACGAAAGAAGAAGUACUGCGAGUGGUAGGCUCCGGGGAAUGCCCUUGUGCCUGGCAAAUUAAUAGGGAGCUCUGCAUCGGCAGAAGCCACACAUCACGUAGAGGUUUAAAAAUGUUUGCGUCAUUGAGAGGCUGCCAGCCAAGGCUGCCAGCCAAGGCUGGUACUUGCAGUAGUACAAUACAAACGUGGGAAAGAGUGCCGUAACAUUACUAUUCCCGGAUACGAGUUCGCUGUGUACAGCCAACACGAUAAUAGAGUGACAAUCGUUCCUAUUGUGCUCCGAUCAAAGUCAACCCUUCGAGGGAAAGCUGGUGCAACCACUAUUCGUGAGAGUGCCCCUUUAAAUCGCAACCCACAGGCGAAGUUUAGUUGAGGGUCGGAUCAGAGACUGACACGGAACGAUAUAACUUGAUCUGUAGCGUGUCCUCUGUGCAACAUGAGUCGUAGAGACAACUGGAAGAGGACUCUCUUGAAGAGGGCGGGGGGGGAGAAGACGACAGGUGCUGUCUCUCCAAGUCGCUCCACAGUCUACAAGGAUCAACAGUGUCUGGUGCCAAGGGAGGUGACGCGUGGCAAACAGCGGACGAGCUGCGAGCGCUGUCUGCCGACGGGAUGAUCGCGCACAUCGACGCAGACGGAGCCGGACCCAUCAUCCUUGGCAGCACGGGUACCGCCCACAGCGUGACCAGCGUGCUGACUCGGCAACCACCCCAGCGAUGGAGAGAGACUGAGGAAGCAGCCGAGGGUACCGUGUGUUCGACACACGCAGAUCCAGUGCCCUUCCUGGGGACCUGAGGUGUUUUCGGUACAAGGAACGCUGCACUUCGGAAGCUGCUAACUCAACAGUUAGCAAGAAGACGACACACCCACACACAACGCACAGAACGAAUAAGAUUGUUCCAAAAAGUUAUCUUCGUGUUUUUCGAAAAGGGUUGCCAUCCCAAGGUGGUGCGUUAACUAUUAGUUGAUCGUGAAAAGCGUUGUUCUCUCCCUUGAGUUACAUGAAUACGGUCGUUUCAAAGCAUUUUAGUCAAUUGUUUUUGUUUAUUGCAUAACCUUACCAAUGAAUUCAUUUACACACUAAACAUUGAUAAGCGUUUGUUAUCAAUCUACACUCACAGGAAUAUUAGUGUGUUGAGAUUUUUUCUUUUGAUUACAGAAUCUUGCCUGUGAAUUCAUUGAUGUCCCAUUAUCCAAUUGAUAAGCAUCUGUUUGCCAAAAAGGCACACUAGUACUCACACUAUUGUUUCAGGACAUUUCGUUAAUUGCAUAAUCUUCUCAAUGAAAUCAUUGAUGUCUACUUUUGCCAUUGGGCACAUGUUUCUUUAGCACGUUUCAUGUGAAUAUUGUCAUUUUUUAAAGAACUUUUCCUAUCGCCGUGUAUGGUCGUUCUACUCGGAGGAGUUAGCCGAUUUUUCUCUUACUCAGUUUUAACAAACGUAACCAUUGAGGGUUAAUUGUACGUAUCAAUUAGGACAUCUUCAGAAGUACGGUGUUGACAA